UGAGCGGAGCGGAGCCGCCAUGGCUCGCUUGCUGGUCGUGGGUGCGGGUCUCACGGGCGCCCUGUGUGCGGCGCUGCUGAAGCGGGGACAGGGACGACCCGUGAGCGUGGCGGUGUGGGAGCAGGCGCGCGACCCAGGGGGAAGAAUGGCCACGGCCCGGAGCGCCCGCGACCCCCAGUGCGGGGCAGACCUGGGGGCCCAGUACGUGACCCGCAUGGCCCGCUCCGCCCAGCAGCACCGGAGUUUUUAUGACGAGCUCCUAACGCAAGGAGUUUUGAAGCCACUCACCUCUGCCAUUGAAGGAAUGGUGGUGAAAGAAGGAGACUGCAAUUUCGUGGCACCUCAAGGAACCUCUUCGAUCGUGAAACAUUAUUUAAAAGAAUCAGGGGUGGAAGUCUCAUAUGGGCACUGUGUAACUGAAAUCUACCUUAAAGAUGACAAAUGGGAAGUCCACAAGGAAGCGGGAGGCUUUGAGCAGUUCGAUAUCAUCAUCCUCACAAUGCCUGUUCCCCAAAUCCUUCAACUCCGGGGUGACGUCAAGAACUUAAUUAGCGAAAGUCAGAAGCAACAACUGGCAUCGGUGCGCUAUUCCUGUCGUUUCGCUCUGGGCCUCUUUUAUGAAGCUGGCACACAGAUUGACGUCCCCUGGGCUGCCCAGUACAUCAUCAACAACCCCUACAUAUGCUUCCUCUCCAUUGAUAAUAGGAAGCGAGACAUAGAUGCAGAGGAUUUGGGCCCCUCAGUGGUCAUCCACACCACCACCUCAUUUGGAAUGGAGAACUUGGAGAAAAGCAUUGAGGAUGUGCAGGAUGUGAUCCUGCAGCAGGUGAACAGCAUCCUGCCAGGCCUGCCCACACCAGCCAGCACCACGUGCCACCGGUGGACCUAUUCUCAG